AUGGCAUUAUAUGUACCUAUUGCUAGGUACUCCUCCGUAAGAAUUGAUACCAAAGAAAUUGAAUCUGUUGGACUAACAAUUGGAUCAGGAGUAUAUAUGGGAAAAAUUAUAGGUAUAGAUUUAGGGACUACCAAUUCUUGUGUAGCAGUAAUGGAAGGGAAAGAACCAAGAGUGAUAGCCAAUAGUGAAGGAGUUAGAACUACUCCAUCUAUGGUAGGCUUUGCAAGUAAUGGGGAAAGAUUAAUUGGUGAACCAGCAAAACGUCAGGCUGUAACUAAUCCAGCUAAUACCCUAUAUGGUGUUAAAAGAUUAAUUGGUAGAAGAUAUGAUGAUCCUAUGGUCAAAAAAGACCAGGAUAUUGUUCCCUAUAAAAUAGUAAAAGCUACUAAUGAUGAUGCUUGGGUUGAAGCAACAGGAGAGAAAUAUUCUCCUAGUCAG